AAAAAUUGCUUCUGUUUUAAUAGUAUUGAUAUAUAAAAAUGACAAGAUGAAACUUAAGAAUAUAUGUGGGCAAAUAUAUUCACUGGCAGUGAGCCCGCUCCAAGUGAAAACGGGUUAACAUAGGUUUGCAUAUAAUAAGUAUUUUGAACGCCGAUUAUUUUUGAAGACAAAUACUAUUAGCGAAGUUGGUUACUGUCCUAAGUGUGUGUCUUUAGGGAGUUGAAGGUUGGAACAUCUCAUGCUUAAUUUGCAAUUUCUGCUUUCUAAUAUUCACAAUUAGUCCAUUUAUUUUUCAGGUUUGGUAAUAGUCAUUGUUAAUAAUUUAGUGGAAAACCCAUAAAACUUGAUAGAUAAAAUCAGUGAUCCAAACAAGAUGAUCUAGUUAAGAGAUAUUACUAAUCCUAGAUAGCUUAAGAUCGGUAUGAGAUUGAUAAAGCCAUGAUCAGGGGGAUAAGAUGUGAUCUAGUUUUAAUUUAAGCCUGUAAGUUUUAACCCAAGCCCGUAAAUUUUAACCUCUGCGUGUUAUAGUAAAUUUAUCUUAUUUGAAGAAUUUAUUGGUGGGUUCACUGGGAUCUUUUCCGUCUCCGUUAUUCCCCUCUCGUGGGGACAAGAAUUCUCUACCUUUGCUUUUUCAAUGAUAGGAGAUGUUUCCUCGUUUAGCAAAUGAAGAUUCAUUUAAAAUGUCAAAAAUAACAACUUGCUAUAUUGAAAACCUUUCAUUGUGAGUCCGUAUUUAUCGAGACUUAAUUCUUGUUGGUAAUUUGGGCCACAGUUUUUUAAUUAAACAAAAAGUGUAAUAAAAGGUUAUUAGAAGAAAAAACAGCGUAGCUAAAUUAACCUAAAAUUACGUGAAACAGAUCAUGAAAUGAAAUUACGUACGCAACUUAACUUGCAUGGAAUAUCUAUAAAUACCCCCCCAUGAACUAUUUCAUGCAUAAUUAAGAUAGAGCAAAAACCAUUUCAAAAAGGAAACAUUUCUGAAAAAAAUUAUAGUGAUAAUAAUGGGCAAGCUCUUAUUGGUAAUGUUAGUUGUUCUUAUCAUGGCUUUCCAAAGCUUGGGAACUCUUGAUUAUGGACAUGCACUAAACAAGUCCAUCUUGUUCUUUGAAGGCCAACGAUCCGGAAAACUCCCGGUUAAACAACGUGUUAAUUGGCGAGCUGAUUCUGCCCUCUCUGACGGUUCACCGGAUAACGUAAAUUUGAUUGGAGGGUACUAUGAUGCAGGCGACAACGUAAAAUUCGUGUGGCCAAUGGCAUUUACCACAACCUUAUUGAGUUGGGCCGCUAUUGAAUACCAAAAAGAGAUUUCCUCUGUAAACCAGCUCGGUUAUCUCCGGUCUGCUAUUAAAUGGGGAACCGAUUUUAUCAUCCGGGCUCAUCCUUCUCCCACCACACUAUAUACACAGGUAGGAGAUGGGAACGCAGAUCAUGCUUGUUGGCAGAGGCCAGAAGAUAUGGACACAGCCAGAACUCUCUACAAGAUAUCAUCCUCUUCCCCCGGAUCUGAAGUCGCCAGUGAAGCCGCAGCCGCUCUUGCCUCCGCCUCACUUGUUUUCAAAUCGUUCGAUUCUAAAUAUUCAUCCACGCUUCUAAGCCAUGCAAAAUCCCUAUUUGAAUUUGCUGAUCAGCACAGAGGUUCAUAUCAAGCAUCUUGCCCUUUCUACUGUUCACACUCAGGCUACAAUGACGAGUUAUUAUGGGCUGCGGCUUGGCUAUACAAGGCAACAGGAGAAAAUAAAUACCUAAGUUAUGUCGUAAGCAAUCAAGGUUGGAGCCAAGCGGUGAAUGAAUUCAGCUGGGACAAUAAAUUCGCCGGAGCUCAGGCUCUACUCGCAUCAGAGUUCUACAAUGGGAAGAAUGAAUUGGGAAAAUUCAAGAACGAUGUUGAGUCAUUCGUCUGCGCAUUGAUGCCAGGAAGUAGCUCUCAACAAAUUAAACCAACUCCUGGUGGCCUUUUGUUUACUAGAGACGGUAGUAACUUACAAUAUGCAACAGCGGCUACAACAGUUUUGUUCCAUUACUCAAAAACUCUAACUCGAGCCCGGGUCGGUUCAAUCCAGUGUGGUUCAACCAAGUUCACUGCGUCACAAAUUCAUGAUUUCGCCAAAUCACAGGUUGAUUACAUUCUUGGAAAUAAUCCAAAGAAAAUGUCUUACAUGGUGGGAUUCGGGAACAAGUGCCCAACACAGCCUCAUCAUAGAAGCUCAUCUUUACCGUCAAUCAAAUCUAAGCCGGACAAAAUUGACUGCAAAGGAGGAUUUUCAUACUUUAACUCUGAUCAACCAAACCCGAAUGAGCAUACCGGCGCAAUUGUUGGGGGGCCGGACAAAUCAGAUCACUUUAGCGAUAAACGAUCAGAUUACGCCCAUGCAGAGCCCACAACUUACAUCAACGCCGCCUUUAUUGGGCCCGUUGCAGCUCUGAUUUGCCGGAAUUCUAACUAGAGCACCGGGAAAAAUUCUACCAGAAACUCACUCUUAAAUUUAGCUGUGGGUAAACCAAAUAUUAGCAAAUAAGAAUAUCAAACAACUAUUAGACUCAAAAAUUUAAUACUUAACCAGGGGAUGUAUCAUUUGCCUCAAAAAUAUAUGGACAAACACAUAUAUCAUUGUAUUAUAGUUAAAUAAAAUGAAAUUUAUUUGAUUUUCUGUAUAUAUAUAUAUAUUGGACUUAUUUCUUUCUCAAAUAAAAAAUAGUUGUGGGCCAAGAUCUUUUUAUUAUGAUAACCAUCCAUGUGAAUUAAAUGUUCAAGACUAACUUUAAAUUUUUACAUAAGUCUAGACAUAUUUGAUUAGUUGCUAAAUUAACGAAUCUACUUGUUUGCAAAAAAAAAAUUAACGAAUAUAGCAUGUCAUUUAUCUUAUACUAGAAUCAAAGACAUAUAUAUAUAUAUAUAUAUAUAUAUAUAUUCUCGCUUAGACUAAUUAUACUAUCUGACUUUUAAAUAAAGUAAAAAACUAAAGUAACAUUUAGCUAUUACAGUAUUAAAAUUUUGCAUAAAACCAUUAAGAUCAGGCGUCUAUUUCAAACAACAACUGACCAUUUAUUUGAAUAUAAAUUCGUUGCCAAUAAUUAUUUAGAGAAAUAGUGUUCACAUUCAUUUGACUCCUUAUAAUGCGGCUAAGUGGGUGAGUUGUACAGU